AUGUUGAGUGAUGCUGCUGCUAAAGGGAGUAUAAAAGGGGUUGCUGCUAUAAGAGGUGGGACCAGAAUCAAUCAUCUCCUCUUUGAUGAUGAUUGUGUGAUCUUUAGCAAAGCAAGUAAAGAAGAGUGGUUGACUAUACAUGAUCUUUUGCUGCUGUAUGAAGUUUCCUCAGGCCAAAAGCUGAAUAGACAGAAGACUGCAAUCUUGUUUAGUUCCAAUACCAGCGAGAUUAUAAAAAGGGAAGUUGCAGUCGUGGCUGGUGAUGUUAUUUGUGGUGACUAUGACUUGAAGGUAAGCUCUCUUAUCUUUGAGGAUUUGCAUUGUUGGAAUGAGAGCUUGGUAGGGGAUAUGCUCAGCAGGGAGGAGGCAGCUCUGAUUUGCAGUAAUGCCUUGGGAAAAUCUAUGGUCGGGGAAUGCUCUAAUAAAGAAGUUCAGAAGCAAAUUUGGGAAGGGGUUUGGAGACUAAAUGUCCCUAAUCCUACAAAGCAGUUUGUGUGGAAGUCUCUGAAGAGCAUAUUACCCACAAGGCAGAAUCUAGUGCAGAGAAAAUUAAUUGAAGAUGCUACAUGCCCGAUCUGUCAAAGGGGUGAAGAAACAAUAUGCCAUGUCCUAUGGUCAUGCCCAACUGCAAGUGAUGUAUGGGCAGAGAGUGGGAGUGGUCUUCAGAAAUGGCCUAGUGAAGAAAAAGACUUUUAUGUGCUAUGGUCUGAAAUGCAAACCAGAUUGCAGCAGAGUAAAUUAGAGGAAGUUUCUAUGAUACUCAGAGGACUAUGGACUAGGAGAAACAUGAUGUUUUUUGAAAGUAAGUUUGACAGUCCACGAAAAGUGCUUAAUGUAGCAAUGACUAGUCUUCAAAGCUUUCAAGAAGCUCGUGCUGCACUAAACAAUCUGAAGGGGUCUCAUGUUCAGAUAAGAAAGAACAUCAAAUGGAAGCCACCAGAUGAGGGUGUUUCUAAGGUAAACUUUGAUGCGGCUAUAGAUAAGAACAAUUUUAAAUUGGGCUUGGGUAUAGUGGCAAGGAACCAUGUGGGGGAGGUUCUGUUUACUUUCAGUUCUACUAAACAGUUUAGUGGAAACUCUGAUCUGGCUGAAGCAGCUGUUCUUUGGAGAGCUAUGGAGCUUGUUUUGGAGCUUGAUGUCAGGUUGGUGGUGUUUGAGGGAGAUGCUGACAGAGUGAUAAAAGGGGUAACAGAAGUUGGGGGCAACUAUGCAUGGAUGGAACAACAGUAUGCCAAUAUAUGUGGCAGGCUGUUACUGAGGCCAGACUGGUCUGUGAGUUUCAUUCAUAGAGAAGGCAACUGUGUUGCCCACGCAUUAGCCAAGAGAGCAUUGAGUAUGGAAGGGGAGUGGUGUUGGAUUGAGGAUGAACCUUCUGAAAUUACAAGUAUAAUUGCUAGAGAUUUGUCUUGUAGCAAUGAAGGGAGUUAA